CUGUGCGCUGCCGUGAUUGCAUGAUGAUCCCCACCUCACCUGCACCUGGGCACUUCAAACCUCGCUGCCUUUUACAUGUCAUCGGACCUUCGCUCUGAGAUCAAUUAACGCCGACCACCAAGGAAAAUGGAGUCAACCGAAGCUCCUCAAGACGUCCAGGUCCCUCGACCCCCAAGCCCGAUAAAGGCCCCGCGAAAGCGAAAGCGGAUUGUGAUUUCCUGUACCGAGUGCCAUCGUCGCAAGCAAAAGGUGACUUGAUCCCGAGCUCUUUUCUUGCCCUCGCCCUCACCCUCAUCCUCACCCUCAUCCUCACCCUCGUCCAGCGAUCGUCCUACUUACUUACACUACUUUGCAGUGCGAUCGCGCGUCCCCUUGCUCCAACUGCAUCACCCGCGGCAAGCAGGAUCUCUGCCACUACGAGAAUGAAUCCGCGAGGAAGCAACAAUUGCUGGACGAGAAGGUCAGCGCAUCAUCAGUGAAUGGAGGCGCAUUCAGUGUGAUCAAGCCCAAUGAAACGGAUUCCGACUCUGCAGUCCAGAUAACCGGUCUGGGAUACGCCAAACCGAACGGAAACAUUAAUACAACUCUGGGCAUAUUUCAAAAGAUUGAAAAGCACGAUGCUGACGCCAAUCUACUGUUAUCGGGAUAUACCUCCACCGAACGAGACCAGAGUGGUCUACGCGAAAAGUACAAGAGUCUCAUCAGACAGUUACCCUCCAGACCAUACAUCGAAAAACUCCUCGAGACAUAUUUCCGAGAAGUCAAUUAUCAAUACUUUCCCUUGGAUGAGGGGAUUUUUAGAGAUCAUCUGAACAAUUGGAACAAUUUAUCCUUUGCAACACUGAACAAGGGUCCUCUGGAAUUACCCGGAGAUUUACAAUUCUUUCCAGCUCUGCUAUUCCAAUGUCUCGCGUUAGCAUUGCAAUAUCAGCCAAUUGACUACGACCCGACCUUGGAUGCUCUGAAGUAUGCGGCUGGCAUGACAUUUGACGACCUGGCCAACGAUUACAGCGAAUCUGGUCUCUCAAUUUUGGCUCUGCUCGGUAAACGGCACACAACUCUCGUCACUGUACAAGCUAGCUUCCUAAGAACAGCCUACUUGAAGAGCGUCGGCCUGGUUACGGAAGCCUGGCAUUCAUUGUCAUCAACUAUUCGUGAUGCUCAAGAAAUUGGAUUACACAAGGAUACCAACUUCACCAUCAGAAAGCCCGACGUAAAGCCCGAGGAGAUAUUGGAAGGAUUGUGGCAAGAACAACUCCGAAGAAGAAUGUGGUUAAUUCUGUCACUUUGGGAUAUUCAUAUGGCGAUUGUGUUAGGUCGCCCGACAACGAUUGACCCACGCGAUGGCAAACCCCUAUUUCCUAUUGAUUCCAAUAUUCCACGAACCCCUCGAGAAUCAGCACCUUCGAAGCGAUCAUCCACUGAUCCACCAACGCCUCUGACCAUGUUGCUUUGGAAGGCCGAGAUCAGUGCACCAUUAUGGGACAUUUUUAAUCUAGAGAAAGAAGAUCCUAACCAAAACAACCUGGCCAGAGUACAGACUAUGGACAGCAUGAUAAGACAGGUUUGGUUGGACUGCCCUCCAUAUUUCCGGGCUCAAAACCCCGACACAACUUUCGAUGAUGCGCCAGGUUUGUGCUGGCUUCGAAAGUGUCGACCUGAUUUUCAAAAUGGAAUGGCCUUUUCAAUCAUGGCUCUUCACCGACCCUAUAUUUUCUCAAGUCCAUCAAGCCGUACAUCUGCAUUGAAAGCGGCGUUGGACGUUCUCCGCGCUCAACGAGCUCUAUUCAACAUGUUGAGCUCGUUGCAUUACAAGAUGUUCUCAUUGGUAUUAAAUACCUUUGAUGCGAUUGUUCUGGUCGCUGCCAUUUACAUUCUGCAUCCACUCGAGAAUAAAGAAGAUCUCGACGAUACGCUUCAGCAUUUUGAAUGGGGAAUGGAACGAUUUGAAAAGAUGAGCGAUAGGAAUACUAUGGCGAAGACAGCUUUGGGUAUUUUGAAGGCAAUGCACAUUCGUCUAAAGCGAACACUCGGUUUCCCGAAACAAAUGAUGAAACCUGUAGCAAUCCCCUCUCCAGCAACAUCGGAGAGUUAUCCCAAUCCUAUGAGCAACAAUCAAUUCUCACCAAGUCACCACCCAUCUAUUUCGAGUACGUCGUCAUUGUCAAAACUUGAGUCCGGUACUCCUUCCUCAGCCUAUACCCUUCCCACAAUUUCUAACCUCACGUCUCCUCCAGCAAACAAUCUCCCUACACCGACAUCUUCCGCUCCACCAGGAUGGGAUACUCAAUUAGCAAGCUUCGAUUUUAGCUCUAUGGCUCCACUUCAACCCUUCCACGAUUUGGUUUACAAUGAUCUGGGAGCGGGUAUGGAAUCUAAUGUCGGUGCCAACGGUAUUCCGACUGGUGGCUUUGAGGUGGGUGUCUGGGAUGCGAAUCAAUUUGCAAUCCCUAUCGGACAGGGAAUUAAUACGUCUUUGCAUUUUGAGGGUGCGUUUGGGAAUGAUACUUUUUGGGGAUUUAUGAAUAAUUAUCAUGGCUGAAUGAUUUUUAUAAGUCAGGUGGCAUUGUGCUGUCCUGGUGGUUGAUGGUAGAGUGGAAGGAGUUUAUUCUGGUUGAUGGUACGGAGCGAACUGAUAGUUGGUUGUACAUAUAAACCGUGGAAUGAAUGAAUGAGCCGGUCUCUCGUAAGUCAAAGGGAUGUGAUCGUGGAAAUUUAAUGAAUGGGAAAAGAUUACUCGAAUGGAGUGUGGUGGUAUUCUAUUUGAGCUAUAGUACUGUAAGAGGUUAACGAGAGGCCUUAAUAUGAUCUUGUUUCUAC